AUGACGUGUCAGUUCAUUCGGAUCUGGAACGUGAAAAAAAAUGCCGCCAUUUCUGUAACAUCCACGCCGGUGAGGUGUAAUGACAGGUGUCACACUAGGCCUGACGCGUUGCCACUUCUAAACAACGUCACUAGCCUCGCCACGAACACUGAGCCAUCUGUGCUCCCACCUUCCCAGCCGAAGUCACGAGCAUCAACUUCAGUUGUCUUCCUUCCCAUUGUCUACCUGUCUACCAAAAAUGGCGAUCUUCUCCUCCCUUCGUCUCUGCUCAGGCACGAUUUUCUUCGGGGUAGCCCUUCUCUCGGCGCAAGGUUCCAAUGCUGUGUCUGCCACUAG